AUAUGAUCAUCAUUCUAAGCUAGAGAAAUCCCUCCAGAAAGAAAGACUUGAGCAUAAGAAGGCUGAAGAGGAUUUGCUUGUGUUUAAGCGGGAAUCACAGAAGGCCCUCAACAAAGAAAAGCAAGAAUCAACCUAUCGACUAAAUGCUCUGCAGACAGAGCAUCAAAUACUGAAGUCCCAGCGUGAAGACUUAAAGAUGCAAUAUUAUGAACUUCAAGAGAAGAACCAGAAUCAAGGGCAGGAUCACGAACAUGUUCUGGAUGAGCACAGGCUGGAAAUAGACAACCUGCAGAGGGAGAAGGAGGUUGAAAUAUCCAGACUGAAAGAGAAUGUGUACAACCUUCGAGAGGAGAACAGACAGCUGCGGAAAGCUCAUCAGGACAUCUACACACAGUUACUUGAUGUACAGGAACAGCACAAAACCCUGCAAGCUUCAAACGAUCAUCUCUCACUCACAUUACAAGACCAUAAAAAUGCACUUGUUGCAGCCCAGCUUCAGGUGGAAGAGCUGAGGCGAUUAAAGGAGAAUCGCAAUAAAGCAUCCAGUGCAGGCCGAGCUGCUAAUAUUGAUAAAUUUGCUACUGAACGCACCCGCAGCUAUAUGCUGGAGACAGUAGAGCACCUAAAUGAGGAGCUGCAUAAUAAGCCAAUUCAGGUGGAAGGAUAUGAGGAAAAUGGAAAAGGGUUAUCCCCUCAAGGUGUGUUGGAAAUUGAAAAUAACAAUGCGACCAAAGUGGCAAUGAAGCAGCCUCAGCAAAUUGAUAUUUUUGCUGAAGGUAACGGCAAGAAAGAGGAGAGAAGCACAUCAAAGGAUAGAGGAGGAGAGGAUAAGAGGAAAAAGGCAGUGCUGGAACAUUCCUUAUCAAACCCAGUAGAGCUGGGCAUUAACCCUCGCAACACGCUAAGCCAAAGCCUAGAGAAACAGACACAGACAGAGCCACUUCACAGAACCAAAGUACACUUUGAGGCUUUGGAUACAGUUAUCGCUGGAAAUGCAGAGCAAUCACACUAUAUUAUGGCUGGACGAGAUGGUGUAAAGGAGACUCAAAAGAAUGACAAGGGCAUAGGAGAAAAAAAACUGAACGCUGUGAAUGAGGGCAACAAGCAGAACGAAGAUGAAUUUGAAGAGGCAGAAGAAGAAACAGAGUACAAGACCAAUGCGAAUAAGAUCAGGCCUGAAGAGGAUGAGCAGCUUGUGGUGGCAGGCAAUCCAGAGCAGCAAGAGGACCAGCCAGAUGAGCAAUAUGAAGAUGAUGUAGAGGAUGAGACUCUUGAUGACUCAGUGCAUGACAGACAGAAGAGAGCAGAAGAGGAAGAGAGUGAAGAAGAUCCCUACAGUGAGCGUAAUGGAGCACAGGGCCUUGAUAAACUGAAUGAAAACACAGAAGCUGAAAAGGAUGCCAAUCAGAUGGAGAGCUUCCAAGAAAAAAUGAUAAAAAGAGGAUGAAGUAGAUCUUAGGCAAAGCAAUCAAAAGCCUGAGAUUUGAAGGGGACUGAUUCUAGUAUCUGCUGAGUGGCUUUACACAUCUCAAAGUGCAACAACUGUGAUCCCUUGUUUUUUCCCCCCCAAGAAGUGACUACUUAUGCAAGUGCCUUGUACUCCCAAGUACAAGGAUUUGUUUAGCAUUUAUAUUUAAUCAAAGCAUUGUAUCUUCUUGAUCUUACUAAGGCAAUAUGAGCUGGCACCCUGCUGAAUGAAAAUAAGUAAAGAAAACUUUUAAUUCCUAAUGUCAGGGAGAUAUAUUUUAAAUUAAUCUUCAGUUCUUUCUUUUCACUUAUUAAAAGUAGUAAUGUAGUA